GAAUGGCUUUCCAAUACAUAAGCUAAGCACAUAUUCAUUGCCUCCCUCAUCAUCGACUGUGUUGAGCGUCGUGUUCGUCUUAGCAGGGGCGAAAACUUCACAUUUGGAAGGAAGAGCAAUACAUCACAAUGGAAAGACAUCUCACUUGUUUCAACGCAACAGAUUCAUCAUUUAUUCCUGGAACUUGCGCACAGUGCCGGCAUCGUAAGGUUAAGUGUGAUAAACGACCAGGCAGUUGCAGAAAUUGUGAACGUCUCGGGUUAGAUUGCUCCUCUGCUUCAAAAUCUAUUGCGCAGAGUGUCCCGCGGAGGUUGCGAGGUGUGCGAGCAUGCGCAACAUGUCGCGAAUCAAAGAUCAAAUGUUCGGGCACAACGCCGCGAUGCACCAACUGCAAGCGCCGAGGACGUACAUGCGUCUAUCCAACCCCUAAGCGACCGGUUUUGAAUCCAGUCUCUACCAUCUCUUCCUUUGAAGAAGACGAAGAGGCGGGUACGGGUACCCUACCAGAAAGGAUGCUAAAUCUUAUUGACAUUUUCUUCGAAAAGAUCUACCCUAUGCCGUCAUUUGCAUUUCUGCAUCCUGAAUCGACCAAGAGACGAUGUAGAGACGGUGCGCAACGUAGAGUCUUGGCUCUGGCAGUUGGUGCUAUUGCCUCCCUCUACACAGUGCAAAACUUAGAAGAAGCGCCUGUCUGGAUUCAGGAAGCUGAACAACAUAUCUGGCAGCAUAUUGAAUCCCCCACAAUACCGCGCCUACAGGCCCUGCUUCUGGUCAUUCACUAUCGCAUGGAAACUGGCUGCUUUCAAAGAGCCUUCAUGCUCAUAGCAAUUGCAGCUCGCUCUGCCGCCGCCAUGCGUCUGAACCAUGAACGACAAGAUCUCGACCCCAUCGCUAAAGAAGUACGCCGACGAAUUGUGUGGUCUCUUAAAAUUACGGAGAGAUACUUCUCUGUUGGACUUCCCGAAUUUGAACUCUGUCCGUUUGAAAGCAUAUAUCUCCAAUUACCAAGCUCAGAGGAAGAGUUCAGUGGCGUCGACCAACCUGGAGAUCACGGAUCAUACGGUCUUCACGUAAGACUGGAAAAUGUUCGGAGAGAUAUCAUGAAAUUAACGAGGGCGGUAGCGCUUUGCGAACAGCCCUAUCCUCUGCUGCCGAAGCUCAUUGGUGAUUUUCAGCAAAGCCUGGCCGACGUCGAGUCAAUGAUGCCAGAUGGCACUGAGUUAUUACCUCGUCAAAUUGCUGAACUGCUAGGGAAUCUGUGGCUGGCUCGGCGAGUUUUAGCGAUCGUCUCAUGGCAUCAAUGUCACUGCGAUCUUUAUCGUAUAUUGUUGGAUGGAUAUCCUGAAGCUGCUCCCGCCGUAGUGCUUCAUGUCAUUGAUCCCGACGAUAUAGCAGCAGCAGAGUUAUCUUGUCUAAAACAUUCCAUGUCAAUCAUUGAUAUUCUAACUAAUCUAAAUCAGCAAAGUAUCGAUCGCCCUCUCCUGGAGUUUGAUAUGGCCAUUUGUGCGUAUCACGCCGCUCGUCUCCUCCUUUUCAUAUCGCACUUCGGUACGAUCGAAGACCGUCCCAGCCCAGAAUUCGCUACCAGCAGAGUCGAUCUAUGUCUAAUUGCACUAAAACGUUUUUAUGGCACUUCAGUGCUCGUCCGACCAAUAAUUGAGGAAAUGCAACGCUCUGUGAAGACGUUCUCUCAGCAGGGACUUGCGCCCGUUUCCCCACCAUCUGAUGCCAACGCGAAGUCCACCGGCGACUCCGAAGACCAACUUUCAUCAGCUGCGAAAACCAGAGAACGGCUUGCAAUCCACAGCCUUCUAAGACAGGCAGAGUUUUCCGACGGGGAAGACAAUGGCGAACAGGCGGUAACAGCUGAUCGAGACAUUCAGGCUUCGACAAGUAAUGUCCCCAUUGCGCCAAAUAAUCUACCAGUCACACGAGAUGGAGAAUCCUUGCCUUCGGAAUAUAAUGGGGAUGACUACUCUGAAAAUGGCUCAAACCAGCAGGCUCAAUUUUACCAUGACUCUGCCCUCAGUCCAUCCUUGUCGGAUCAAACAGAGAAUUCCCGAUUCCCUUUCUCCUUGUGGUUUGGACAACAUGAUAACAAUUGGCUCUACAACCCCUUUCCUUGACCUUAAUAUGGAAUGUCAACUUCGUCAACUCAGCGCGCUCAUUACACAUCAGAAAUGUGAUUCAUAUACAGCCUUUUUAUACCGG